AUGACGGUCGGUAUCGCCGUUUGGAUCUAUCGGUUCAAUUGCUACGCCAGCUGCGGCUUUUCGAUGAUCAUCAAUCCACUGUUGCUUUUUGCUAUCGUGACAGAGAAGGCGACCAAAAACAGAAUCAGAACGGUAGAAAGAUUGUUUUCGAAUCCAACGUAUAUGUACUUCUUUCAGUACAACAACGUCUUCAUAAUCAUGGCUAUUUCGAACAUCGUCAUGACUGUCAUCAACACCUCAUUUCAACCGGUAAAACAUUGAUCAUUCACAGCUGGCUUGUUGAGUCCUACAAGUGCGCUCCGACUGCCGUGUUUUUGAUUUUUUUUUUUUAGCUUCACAUGUACCCUUUUUGAAUUAAGUCAGACACUUACAAGGAGGUCAUUUUACUUUGCGGUUGAAAAUUUCCUGAAAUUCGCCAGAAAACUUAUUGAUGUACCAAAUAAACUUAUUGAUAUACCAAAAGGAUAUUCUGAAAGUAAACCUGCCCAACUCCCUAGUUUUCGAGAAAAUAAACUUCAAAAUCAGAGAAAACCCCAAAAUCUAAAAAAAAUAAGCUAUUUUGAGGCUUUAAGCCCAUAUUUCUCGAAAGAUAGAAAGUUGUGCAGGUUGAGACUUUCAGGAUCUUCUUCUGGUACAUCAAGGAGUUUUCUGGCCAACUUUCAGGAAAAUCCCAACCGCAAAGUAAGAAGGACCUCCCUUGUUAAUGUGACUCAAGCUUAUCUAAAGAUCUUGAUGAAUCAAUCAUGAACAGACAUGUUUUCAGGUGUUCAUUCUGGCUCACAGAGUGAUUUACAUUGUGUUCUUGGGACCUUGCAACGAACUUCAGGUCUACUACCUUGUUAUUUCAUUCUCCGUUCUAACAGCCAUCAUUGUUUUGAAAAACGUCAAAGUACCAGUGGCCUACGCGUUUCGCUACUUUUUGGUUCUCAAGUGGGGCGUUUUUGCAUCCGAAUAUCCUCUAAAAAAUAUGCAGCAAAGAGGAGCUGACCCUGCCAUCCUUUUUGUGGUUUUUCGCAGUAGUCGCUCUUUUCUCAAUUGUAUCUUUGGGCGGUACUCUACUCGUGUUUCUGAGCAGCACGAAUAUGGCCCUCAUUAACAAGGCCUCUACACAACUGACAGUGAAUACCUUCACUGGCGAGCAUUUUGGCUGUUUGACUAUAGUCAUAGUUCGUUUUUUCGUCUUAAACGAUGAAGACAUCUGAAAUUGCAUAAAAACAGUUUAAUUUCAGAGCAUGAAAUGGUGGCUCAUGUGUCUGAAUUUAGUGAUGGUCUUGGCUUUCCUAGCAUUAUUGAUCAUCGACAGAAUUAUUGUCCGGCAUAUCCGCCUUGUGAGCAUCCACGAUAUGAGUCCAGCCUACACGCAAACCAGCGCGAUCACCAAUACUCUCAUGAUUACGGUAGGUUAAGCCAUUAAUCUUCCUAAGUAAGCUUCUCCUGAGAAUCCUUCAAAUCAGAAAGGCUCUUUUCCUCCAUUCGUCUUCUUGAAAGCAAAAUGUCUGAGGCAAAACUUUCCGUUAGAGCUUCAUGAAUGUUGCGGAGAACGUGUGCCUUUUUCGACGCACCUGUUCUGCUUGUUUGGAGGAAAACUAGCAGAACUUUUGCAGGCCAUCGAAACGAUAGUGCUUCUAACAGUUCCGUCGUGUGUAUUCAGCGUAUACUUGUUCAUGGAAAUCGACACAGGCGUCUCCUCGCUACCGAUGACUGUCGGACUUUCUUGGCUGCCAAUUCUCACGAGCGUCACUUGCUUCACUCACAUAAACAGCUACUGGUUCGGGAUUUUUGAAUUGAAUUCGAGGAAAAUUACAGGCCGGAUCCGUUUAAAAAAAAAAUGAAAUGUUUCACCCGUAGUAGUAGUGCACAUAUGUUUUUCAGAACGAAACUUUUCAAACUGAAACUUUAGCUUUGCGAGCUGUCUUUCCAACGGAGCAAACUUGAAAACUAAUUUGAUUAAGCUAUUUUAAAAUUUCGUUGUUCCCUUCCUUCUCAUUUUGAUUCAAAUAGACUUUAAGAAUCAAUUUCCUUCACUUCAAAAAAAUUGUUGAAUCUCAGGAACAAGGUCCACUAUGUGCUGGUCAGUUGGAAAAGAAACGUUUCGAAGCCUCAAUUCCAGUUUACCGUCACUUCCACCACAGACACUAUGCCCUCCAUCGCGUAUUAA